CACAGUAUUAAAAAUCAUAAUAAAGAUGGCCUGUCGAUGGGACAUUGAGUGACUCAAAUUAAAUUGAUUUUGGUCGAAUAAAGCAUUUAAUUAAUUACAUUCAUCAGUAUCGAAUUGCAUUCAAAGUAUUUUGGUAUUCUCGGUGUGAAUUUAGUAAAGGUGUUUCCGCUCCAAAAUGAUCUAAAUACGUGUCCAUUUACAUUGUGUGCCACAUUCACUUUCAAUAUUUUUGGUGACAACACAAAAGAAUUUUUUUUUGUUUUCAUUUUUUUCUCUCCGUGUAAAAAAAAAGUGUUCUUAGCAAUUGCUUAGCAAUUCGAGUGAUAUUUUAAAUUGAUUAUAAUUAUGAUGACCACACGUAGCAGAACAUUGCUGUCGGUCAGCCUGGAUCCAUCGCUUACAAAUGAUCCAUUGCGUGAGCUGUUCGAGGCUUGUAAAUCUGGUGACACUGUUAAAGUGAAGAAACUAAUUACGUCACAGACGGUGAAUGCCAGAGAUACAGCUGGUAAUCGCAAAUCGACUCCGUUACAUUUCGCUGCAGGCUAUGGACGUCGUGAAGUGGUCGAAUUUUUGUUGGCUCACGGAGCAUGUAUACAAGCCUGUGAUGAAGGUGGCCUACAUCCGUUGCACAAUGCCUGCAGCUUCGGGCACGCUGAUGUGGUUCGUUUGCUAUUAGAAGCUGGAGCUAGUCCGAACACAACCGACAACUGGAAUUACACACCACUUCAUGAGGCUGCCAGCAAAGGAAAAGUCGAUGUGUGCAUAGCCUUGCUGCAGCACGGAGCGAAUGCAAAUAUUCGAAACUCUGAACAAAAGACUCCUCUCGAUCUGGCCGAUGAUGCGACAAGAUCCGUUUUGACCGGUGAAUAUCACAAGGAUGAACUGCUAGAAGCGGCACGAUCGGGUGGCGAAGACAAACUGUUGGCUCUCUUAACGCCAUUGAAUGUAAAUUGUCACGCUAGUGAUGGACGACGAUCAACGCCACUACAUUUGGCUGCUGGUUACAAUCGCAUCAGAAUCGUUCAGAUUCUAUUGCAGCACGGAGCUGAUGUGCAUGCGAAGGACAAAGGUGGAUUGGUUCCGCUACACAAUGCCUGCUCGUACGGUCACUUUGAAGUAACUGAGCUGCUAAUCAAACACGGAGCCAAUGUGAAUGCUAACGAUCUGUGGGCAUUUACACCAUUGCACGAGGCUGCAUCAAAGACCCGACUGGAAGUCUGCAGUUUAUUACUCAGCGAAGGUGCCGAUCCAUCACUACUGAAUUGUCACAAUAAGUCAGCUAUCGAUUCGGCGCCGACGAGGGAAUUACAGGAACGAAUAGCAUAUGAAUACAAAGGACAUUGCGUCCUUCAAGCAUGUCGUCAAGCCGAUAUUACGAAGCUGAAGAAAAACCUGACGACAGAGACUUGUAACUUUGUCCAUCCGUACACUGGCGACACGCCGUUGCAUUGUGUGUCCAUGUCGAUAUAUCCGAAGCGGAAGCAGGUUCUCGAUAUUUUAAUUCGAAAGGGAGCGCUGCUGAAUGAGAAAAAUAAAAAUCUGCUCACACCGUUGCACAUUGCUGCCGACCAUUCUCUCUACGAAAUUAUCGACACGUUGCUGAAGAACGGCGCCAAAGUGAAUGCAUUAGAUGGAUUGGGUCAGACCGCACUGCACCGUUGUGCUAGAGACGACAAUAUUCAAGCGUGUCGUUUGUUAUUGUCAUAUGAUAUCGAUUAUACGAUUGUGUCGUUGCAAGGAUACACAGCCGCUCAGUUAGCGUCGGAAAAUGUACUGAAAAUUUUGAAAAGUCCACCAGAUCCGGUUGAUCUGGAAGUGCAAUUACUGGAGUCGGCCAAAUCCGGUGAUCUGGAAACGGUCAAGAAAAUUGUACUGUCCAAUCCGCACACCGUUAACUGUCGAGACUUGGAUGGAAGACACUCAACGCCGUUACAUUUUGCUGCAGGCUACAAUCGUGUGCCGGUGGUAGAAUUUCUACUCGAACACGGUGCCGAAGUCCAUACGUCCGAUAAAGGCGGCCUAGUUCCUCUGCACAAUGCAUGCUCGUACGGACAUUACGAGGUCACUGAAUUACUAGUCAAACACGGAGCCAAUGUUAAUGUUGCCGACCUGUGGAAGUUUACGCCCCUACACGAAGCCGCAGCGAAAAACAAAUACGAAAUUGUGAAACUGUUGAUAAAGCACGGUGCCGAUGUGACGAAAAAGAAUCGAGAUGGUGCUACACCCCUAGACUUAGUGCGUGAAGGUGAUCAAGAUGUUGCCGAUCUGUUGCGUGGCAAUGCGGCUCUGUUGGAUGCGGCAAAGAAAGGGAAUUUGGCUCGAGUCCAACGGCUUGUUACACCGGAAAAUAUUAACUGUUGUGAUGCGCAAGGUCGGAACAGUACACCCCUUCAUCUGGCUGCUGGUUACAAUAACUUCGAAGUGGCUGAGUUUUUGUUGGAGAACGGCGCCGAAGUUAAUUCACAGGACAAGGGUGGACUGAUACCACUUCAUAACGCCUCAUCGUACGGCCAUUUAGAUAUUGCUGCUCUAUUGAUCAAACACAACACGAUUGUGAAUGCCACCGAUCGAUGGGGAUUUACACCGUUACAUGAAGCGGCCCAAAAAGGUCGUACACAAUUGUGUGCGCUGCUGUUGGCUCAUGGAGCAGAUGCCUACAUGAAGAAUCAAGAACGACAGACACCCAUUGAAUUAGCCUCAGCCGAUGAUGUGAAAUGUUUGCUGCAAGAUGCCAUGACCGCAUCCAUAGGCAAUCAGAAUUUGGCUACAUCGAAUGCAACGUUGAUCAGUACAGAAGCCACAACGCCCACCACAGAGACUGUGACGCUACCUACCGGUGCGUCAAUGACAUUAAGCGUUCCGAUAUCACAGACUUGCAGCCGUUCUGCACUUCGACCAGCUCAAGGAGCCGAAUCUCAUACGGACGGUGUACCGGAUGAAAUUACAACUGAACCGGAAACACUGUCCACCGUAGCUAGCCUACUGAACAGUUUACAGCUGGAUCAUUUGAUUGAGCUGUUUGACCGGGAGCAGAUUACGUUAGAAAUUUUAGCCGAAAUGGGACACGAAGACUUAAAACAGAUUGGGGUGUCGGCGUAUGGAUUCCGGCACAAAAUACUGAAAGGAAUAGCUCAAUUACGAACGACGACUGGCUUAGGUCUAUCGCCGAACCCUGGAACGUUGCUAGUAGACCUACUGCCAGACGACAAAGAAUUUCUGGCCGUCGAAGAAGAAAUGCAAGCCACCAUACGAGAGCAUCGCGAUAACGGUCAAUCAGGUGGCUUCUUCAGUCGAUACAACAUUAUCAGAAUUCAAAAAGUUCAGAAUCGUAAGCUAUGGGAACGGUACGCCCAUCGUCGCAGCGAAAUCACGGAGGAAAAUAAUCAUCAAUCCACCGAACGUAUGCUGUUCCAUGGCAGUCCGUUCAUAAAUGCCAUCGUUCAGAAAGGAUUCGAUGAGCGACAUGCGUACAUUGGUGGAAUGUUUGGCGCUGGAUUGUAUUUUUCAAAGCACAGUUCGAAGAGCAAUCAGUACGUUUAUGGCAUCAAUGGCGGUAUUGGAUGCCCAUCGCAUAAGGACAAAUCGUGCUAUUCGUGUCCUAGGCAGUUACUGUUAUGUAGAGUCGCAUUAGGAAAAUCAUUUUUACAAUUCAGUGCAAUGAAAAUGGCUCAUGCUCCUCCCGGUCAUCAUUCCGUGAUUGGUCGACCUUCGGUUGGUGGUUUACAUUUCCCGGAAUAUGUUGUGUAUCGCGGCGAACAGGCAUACCCCGAAUAUCUGAUCACCUAUCAGAUUGUCAAACCGGAGGAUAAUUCCGGGAACGAGGAAUCAUCCAGAUGAUUUGCACUGCGUACGGUCACUGCAAACAAUACUCGGAACAGCAUGACUGUAACGGAUAAUCGUUUAGAAAAAUAUUUUGUCAUAACACCGGCCGUUUCCAUUGAUCGCAGCAAUACUCGAAAUAGAAAUACCACAACGACGACGACAACAGCAUUAAUGACAACCACCACGACCGAUUCGAAUGCCAGAUCGUGGCAAUGGUGCUCGUUAUGGUGUUCGGCCAUCAAAUGUUUUAACGUCAAUUCGGAUCGGACCGGCCGUACCAUCAACACUGCCAUACCAAUCGGUACGCGAGUCUACCAGCAGCAAAAUGAUAAUCAUUUUAUACGAAUCGAUUUACCGCGCAAAUAUCGUGAUAAAAAUUGCAAUAUAACGUACGAAUUGUGACGCAUUGGUCGCAUCGCGAACUCUGUGCUUCACGCGUUAACCCUUUCGUUCUCGUUUGUUUUUCAACAUUAAAAAAAACCAUUUAAAACCCGUCGUAUGUAAUAUUAGAGCUAUGUAAUAGCACGAAUGUAAAAUUGUUUUGAACUUUAAAUGAGUUAAUAAAAGGCAUUCCGUCGUU